AUGCGCAUUCUAUGUAUGCACGGAAGUGCUAUCAAUAGCGCCAUUUUCCAGGCCAAGACAACACGGCUACGGUCUCUCUUGCCACCGGAUUAUACAUUCAUAUGGAUGGAUGGAGAUUUUCACGUCCCUGCCCAGAAAGAACUCUCGGACGUAUACCCUGGCCCAUAUUUAUCACAUUUGGGGGAUUUUACAACAAAAGGUGUCGCAACCGCAGUAGCCAAAGUCGAGGAUUUUAUCCGAAAUCACGGACCUUUUGAUGGCGUCAUGGGUAUUUGCGAGGGUGCGAGCCUCUGUGCGACGGUGAUUCUGAAACAUCAGGAGGAAUAUCUGGACUCGCCGUCUCCAUUCAAAUUCGCCAUCUUCAUCAACAGCUGGCUGCCAUUCUCGUGGACACCCAAGCUCGGCCACGACGUCACGAAUGUCUUCUUAAGCGAUAAUCCUCUUGACACAAACGUUGAAGCUUGGCAAAAAGCAAGUCCCUCCUAUGAACUGAAGAUAGAACCGCUAAAACUGGUCGCAGAGCAUGCACUGUUUGAUAUUAAUCCCGAGGUCGAAUUGAAGUGGAGGGCUACUAUCGAUACAGUCGUGAGAAAGGAAAAUGACCAUCUGAGACCACGCUGCUUCCACCCGGAAUUAUACGACGACCGGCUUGAAUUGGCGACAGCUCAUCUUUGGGGAGAGCGCGACAUAUUCGAUCCGCAAUCAAGAAAGUUCUUUCAAUUGUGUGACCCAGAAUUAGCCACAUCCCACCAGCACGAUGGCGGCCAUGACUUUCCGCAGUCAUGGGAUGAUAAUGAGAGGUUUAGCGAAAUCAUUCAGAAGACUGUGUUAAAAAGUCAGUUUGCUAUGUGA